AUGUUGAUGAGCCGAAUUCUCUGCCGUGUCGCACCACAACAGCUGAGGUCGUCAAGACUUAUUGCGACCACCAUGGUCCGUCGUGAAGUGAAGACACCAGUACAGGAAUGGGGAUGGGCCUAUCUCCAAAAACAGAAGUCCCUCGGCCGUCCCAUCGCACCACAUCUGGGCGCUUACAAACCACCGAUCACUAUGAUUGUAUCUGGUCUUCACCGUAUCACCGGAUGUGUUAUGGCCGGGACCUUGCUAUUGGGAGGUAUCGGAUUCGCCUUGCUUCCAUUCAGCUUUACUGAUUUUGUGGAGUACAUUCGAAGCUGGCAUCUUCAUCCAAUCAUCACCUCGGCAUUCAAGUGGGUGAUUGUGUUCCCCAUAUCCUUGCAUGUGCUAAAUGGCAUCCGAUUCAUUGGAUUCGAUCUUGCAAAAGGAAUGAAAGAUAUUCAUGAGGUAAGUAUGCUGUCUCUAAUUGGCACGAGAAUCCCUGUUUUUUAG